AUGAAGCCACCACUCUUGGUGCUUUCUGUGUAUCUGUUAUGGUCGAAAUACUGUCACAGUGCACCUACUUGGAAGGACACAGCUGCUACAGAUGGAAACCAGAAUAGUCUUCUAGAGGUGGGAAAGACAGAUAUAGGAGGAGAGGUGAAGAAAGCUUUGAUUGGCAUUAAGCAGAUGAAAAUCAUGAUGGAAAGGAGAGAGGAGGAGCAUGCAAAACUGAUGAAAACUCUGAAGAAAUGCAAAGAAGAAAAGCAGGAGGCCCUGAAACUCAUGAAUGAAGUGCAAGAACAUUUGGAGGAAGAAGAAAAGUUAUGUCAGGCAUCUUCUGUGGAUUCCUGGGAUGGAUGCAGGCCAUGUCUGGAAAGUAACUGCAUGAGAUUUUACACAGCUUGCCAACCUUUUUGGUCCUCUGUGAAAAAUAGGAUGGAGCAAUUUCUCAGGAAGAUGUACCAAUUUCUGUUUCCCCUCAGUAAAGAAGUAGAGGAUCCCCCUGCAGGCAAACAGCUGACAGAGGAAGAUUUACAAGUAAUGCAAAUGGAGAACCUGUUCAGCCAGCUGGCUGUGGAUGUGAAAUCUCUCUUCAACAUAAGCUUUUACAUUUUCAAACAGAUGCAGCAAGAGUUUGACCAGGCUUUUCGAUCGUACUUCAUGUCCAAUAUAGACUUAAUGGAGCCAUUCUUUCCCUCAGUUUUAUCCAAAGAACAAACCAAAAUAGAAGGACUUGGGCAAAGGUGGGACAUUCCCAAUGUCUUCCAGCUGUUUCAUAAUUUCAGUCUCUCUAUUUAUGGGAGAGUCCGAGAAACAAUUAUGAAGACACUGAACACAAUUGAGGAUUCAUGGGAAUCACACAAAGAGCUGGACCAAAGAGACCUGAAUUCUGAGAUGUUACCAAAGCAAAAUGGAGGAAUGUUUGAGGAAUUUGGCCAGAAUUUAUCUGGAUGUUUCAACUUUCACAAAAGAUGCUAAAAAUGUCACAAUUACCUAUCUGAAGAAAAUGAACGAAAGAUGCUUACCAAAUCAGGAGAAACCAAAGAGGAAGAAGAGGAGGAAGAAUCAGUGGACCCCUUAACAACAGUGAGAGAGCAAUGUGAGCAGUUGGAGAAGUGUGUAAAGGCCCAGGAGCAGCUAGAGCUUUGUGAUAAGUGUGCAGUCCCAAGCAUUCAUGGAGGAAAAUCUUCCAAACAGGAUGAAAUUAUGGUAGACUCAAGCAUUCUGCCUUCCUCUAACUACUCACUCCAGAGUCCUUCUGAAGAAAGUGCUGAGAGCUGAAAUGUCAUUGACUAUGUGGUAGCAAAAGUUCUGGAGUAUUUUAAGGGACAUUUUAAAAUUGGUAAGCAGAGCCGGGCAGUGGUGGCCCAUGCACAUCCUUUAACCCCAGCACUGAGCCAGCGGCAGGCAGAUCUCUGUGAGUUCAAGGCCAUCCUGGU